AACAUUUUACGCAACAAAAAACUUACACGACUCUCCUCUGGAAUCCAUCUUCUUCAUUGCUCGAAAGCUGCAGUCUUCUGAUACUACUCCAUUAGUUCAUCGAACCUCUCGAGUGGCGAAAAUGGCGUCGGGACAAGUGAGGGCGUCGCACAUACUGAUAAAGCACCAGGGCUCCCGUCGCAAGUCGUCGUGGAAAGAUCCGGAGGGCCGCGUCAUCUCCGCCACCACUCGCGAUGCCGCCGUCGCCCAGCUCCAAUCCCUCCGUGACGACGUCGUCUCCGGAACCGCCAAGUUCGACGCCGUCGCCUCCCGCUAUUCUGACUGCAGCUCCGCCAAGCGCGGCGGUGAUCUCGGACCUUUUGGUCGUGGGCAGAUGCAGAAACCUUUUGAAGAUGCAACUUAUGCUUUGAAAGUUGGUGAGGUUAGCGAAAUUGUGGAUACCGACAGUGGCUUUCACAUAAUCAUGAGAACAGGCUGACAAAAAGUAUUGAAGGGUAUGCAGAUUUCUGCAGACCACGAUGAGCAGACAUAAUUCUAUAUUUGAAGUACUGUUCUGCUCUAAUAUUUGGUGUUCUACAACCAAUAUGAUUCAUCAUGAUGCAUAAGAUUCUGAUAUUGUUUGACUGAACUUACAAAAACUCACGCAAUGCAUUGCUUUGUGAACGGUCGAGCUA